CCAUCACUUGAUGACAUGUACGAGCUUUGCGCGACUUCUGUAAAUGCCGGUUAUUCUUUCUUGACUAGUUGCGUUGAAACUGGAGUUGGAACACCCCCUUUUGCAUGUAUGCCAGUUUUACCCCAGGAUUUGUAUACCUCGGCCAGGUUUACCGAACAAGGUCCGCCGACCCACCACCACCCACACUCACAAUGUCCGUUUAUACCAAUUUCCUUUGUCCUUUGGAAUUUUUUGUACCUAUUAAGUCGCUGCAUCCUCGUACCAGCCGUCAAGGUGUUUUUUGCGUAUUAUUCCUUGGUCUCCUCAAUUUCCUUUGCUCCCACUUUUUUUUUUUCUUACACCCUAUACUAUAUCUCGGUCAUUGUAACCGAACGUCAUGAUCUUGCAUUAUCCCCAUUUUUAGGAUCCGGCUGAGGGUGCCGUGAAGGAGGGAAGUUCAUCUUCUACAUUCGAAUAACGAAUCAAUCGAUCAAUCAAUACAUUAUACGAAUAAAUCACUACGUUUUACGUCCUGCGGGG